UUUGUGUUUAAACCAAAAAAAUAAGAAAAAGAAAAUGUCUAUUGAUUUCAAUACUUUGGAAGAUAUUCGUGACAACUUUAGCCUCAGCGCCUCUAAUACAACUACGUUUGCUGUUGCUACUCGAGACAUAGAUGAGAUCAAUCUUCUAAUUCAAAAAGGACAACAGUUUGUAAGAAGAGCAGCACAAGAUAAUGAAGAAUCCAACAAUACAGAGAAGGUCAAUGCCCUAGAUAAUAAAUUUAAGCAACUGAUUGAUUUAGAAAACAAGCUUCAAUGUCAUAAAAGUACACUAAACAUAAUGAAAGAAAGUAUUACAAGAGGUGAAAGAAUAAAAGACGUAUCAGACGAUUAUCAAAAGCAGAACCAUGCUGAAAUGGAUAAACUAGCAAGUAAUGAGGAUAGCAAAUAUCAUAAUCAUCCCAGCUACGUUAAAUUUAGACAAGCUAUUUGGAAUAUCAACCAUCCUGAUGAAAUGAUGCCUAGUUUAACAGAUGUACAAGAGGAUGAUGAUAUCGUGAUGGGCCCUUCAAAGAUUUCACUCAAAUGUCCUUUAACAACGACUUGGUUUGAAGAACCGGUGACAAAUGCAGGAUGCAAGCAUACAUUCUCUAAAUCAGCCAUUCUCUCACUCUUGCAGAAAUCCAAUGUCAUCCGCUGCCCUAUUCCCGGUUGUAAUAGCUAUAUUCAGAAAAACACACUUUCUCCUGAUGAAAUGAUGGUAGACAGAGUCAAGAGAGCAAAGGCAAGAGAGACACAAGAACAACAAUUAAGUCAAUUCUUUGAUGUAGAAUAGAUCUCUCUUUAUUAUUAUGAUACAUAAAAAUUAC